CACACGCGCGCGGCGCGCGCAUACACACAAACACACAAACACACAUACGCACACACACACCGUGCGCGCACAAGACGUUAUCUUCAAUCGCGCAUUGGGUUUUUGUUUUCGACCAUUUCGUUUUUAAUGCUUUGCGACGUCCGACGACGUUCUAGUACUAAUAAAAAUAUCGUGUCGCGGUAAUGAUAGCUAACGACAACCGUUCGUUUUCAACCGGACACCACACACACGGUCCCUCGGGUGUCCGUCAUUUAUAACGUUUCGUGUACGGUGUACCUAGUGUCAGGUCCCGUAAAACUAUUAUUAUUAUUAUUUCGAUACGUCGUCUCUCGCUUCCGCUGAGCAUCGAGAGGAGUAGCUUUACGCACGGCUACCGUGGAUCGCGCGCGCAUUACCGUUUCGCCGAAAAUGUCGUAGCCGCCCGCGCCGCCACCGCCAUAAUCGCCGCUGCACCUGUUGUAGUAGCGCGGCGACAGACAGACGUAUUAUAGACAGCUACCUUUAUCAUCGUGUCGUCUGACAUGUCACCUCGCCGUUGAUUCGGUCGCACGAAUUUACUUCAGGAAUUUACUUAAAGGACACAUAUUAUGUUGUGGACGUCUUACACAUGUAGAGAGACUUACAACUGAGAAACAUAUGCGGGUUCAACAUCCUCUUAAGAAAUAUUUGAUUACAAUGUCAUUGAUCAAAUCUAUACUUAGGUACUCUCAUUAAGUAGAUUCAGAUGAUUGAAGAUCAUAGAUCAAUUGAAUGUAUCAUGUAUCCAGGAAACAAAAUGCCGUCAUCAACUUAUUUUGCUGCAGUUGAAAUGUUUGAGUCAGUAAAUAAAGAUACAAAAAAGGAGUUUGAUAGUAGAGCACUAAAGUUAUUAAACGCAUGGGAGAAGAGUAAUACUUUAAUAUUUGCUGAGUCCUUCACCUCUGAAUUACAUAUUUUUAUGCUUCAAGCCACCAGGGCAUCUGCCACAAUAUUUUUGGAUUUCCGCUGGGAAAAAAUUUCAACAAAAGUAAAUAAGGCCAUAUCUAAAGCUCUGAGACAAAUUAUGAAAGGUUUAAGAAAAUUAGAUCCAAUACAACCAGAAGCAACAAAUUAUUGUCAAUGCUUGUUAUCUUUAAUGAAAAAUCCAUGGGGUCAUCGUAAUUUUUUAAAAUUACUUUGUGGAAAUCCAUCUCACAAAGAAGUUUCAAAAUUUAUCCAGUUUGAAAAUGGUUGUGUGUUUUCUGAGCGCUUAAAAAUUCUUUGUGAGGGAAAAUGUGAAGAUAAAGCACUUAAACUAUCAUCAUUGGUAAUGGAUUUGCAAAACUCGAAAUUAAAAUCCAAAUAUCAGUUUGAAGAAUAUGAUUAUGAAUUCAUUAGAGAUAUUUAUUAUGCAUGCCUUGAAAGGACAAAUAAUAAAAAGGAACUUAUUGGUCAUUUAAUGAAAUAUUCUCCUGAAAAUGAUGGUAAGAUCCUUAUGGAAAAUUAUUGUAAAAAGAUUCAGAAACUUACAAAUAUGCAAAAAGAAAUCAGACCAAGGAUUUGUAAAAAUAUGGUACUUGUUUGUGAGAUGGCUGCUUGCAUCAUGGUUGUAAAUUCAUUGAAAAAUUCUAAUAUUUUUGAAAAUAUUGCUGACCUUAUAAAGAAGUGGAGUCUAAUAGUGAUAACAAUGAUGGAAACUGAUUUGCAACCUGAUAAUAUAAGUUACGACUAUAUAAAAAGUAUAAUUCGUACAUUUGUUAAUGUUGCACCAUCAGCUAAUCAUUUAUAUCUGCUUUGCGAUGUUCUUUAUAGUGAAUUUGGUUCUAAAUUGCCUCGUACGUUGUAUAUAGAAAUAUAUAUCAAAGCGUUAUCUACUAAUAUAAAUGAAAAAGAAAAAUGCAAACAAUUGAGUGAUGGAGAUGGAUCAUUUGAAUCAUUAAAAAAGUUAGUUCAAGGGUAUUUGAAAUUGGCUAAUCUACUUGAAGAUAUUUUAAGCAUAUGCCGAGAAUGUGUAUUAACGGCAUAUUCUUUAAUGCCUUCCAGUGAUCUAAUGAUGAGAGUAGAAAGUUUAGCUGUCAAAAGUGGUAAGCUGACUCCAAUAGAUCUAAAUAAUGUUCCUGAAUAUUCCUGUGGCAAAUCCAAAAAGGGAUCUACUUCAAAACUUAAACCUGGUCGUAAACGUAAAUCAAAAGUCUCUAAGUCUGAUAAAAACCCAAAAUCUAUUCUUGAUGCUUCUGAAAAAAAUUAUUCCAAGAUCCAUUCUGACCUUAGUGAAUUGAAUGAUCCAUUAACGCCAGUCAUGCAAGAAGACCUUAUUUCAAUUAUCAAGUACCCUCGUUAUGGGACAUUCAAUUGGAACCUUGAAUGGCCAAGAAUGAAAAUUAUAUGUCAACAAUAUUUAGAAAAUUUAGAUGUAGUGUUAAAGCGAAAUACACUUAAACGUUCUGAUUUAACAUAUCUUGACAUUGAUAUUGAUGAAUAUAACAAGUGGACAGAAAUAAAUAUGAAACAAUUAACGAACGAUAAAGGUUAUUUUAGCAGUGAUUUUAGUGAUUAUGAAGAGUCAAUAGCAUCAAUUGCUUCAUCAGGAGAAAUUGUAAGUUAUAGUACGAAUAAACCAUCCAAAGGUUGUUCUCGUAAACGAAAAAUUGGCUUACGUAAACGAAAGGCUGGUUCUCAAAAACGGCGCAAGGUAAGUCCUAAAAAUAAACCAAAACCCAUUAUUACUCAAACAAAACCUAGAGUUGGUUUGCGCCGAAGCUUAAGAUACAAUAAAAGUAUAAGUAUUGAUGAGACUGAUGAUUCAACUGUUGGUUCCUUGUUAAAUGAUGAAGCUCAAGCUCAAUACAAAGAUACAAAUUCUAAUGAUGAAAUUGAAGAUGAUUCUGUUGAUUCUGUUUUAGGAGAAACCCUCAUAGGAACUGUAAAAAAUGAUGGAUUACCUGUAAAAUUUAAACCUCAGUUUAAAUUAACACGAGAAAAAAGGACUGUCAGCAAAAAUCAACACAAAGACUUUGACUAUUCAUGGUCUCUCAGAAAAAAAGGAAAAUCUAUUAAAAAUGGUUUAUUAAUAAAUGAAGCACUUGAAAACAAUAAAAUCAAUUCAAUAAGAAAACCAUGUAAUCGUGACCAAACCAAAAGCUACUCUACUAAUUAUGAACUUCCACAUUCCAGUAAAGAACAUUUAAAUAUGUUAUCAAAACGAAUACCUCAAUUAAAUUCAUUCGCUUUUAUGGUACCAUCAAAUACAGAUCGCAUUGUUAAUGUAGUACAAAUUCAAACAACAUCAAAUACUCUAACAAAUGUAUCACAAACGCAAACAGAAAGAGUUUCAAAUCAUCAUUCUAAUAACGAAUUAGAAAAAAAACCCAGUGAAAAUCAAACUAACACUCAUUCGUUGGAUGAUUUUGUUUCUGUGUAUCAAUCUAAUUCGUUAAAUAAUAGCAUGAACUCUGUUCAAAAUGUUGGAAUUCAUCAAGGGGAGUGUAGUUUCACUGGUAGUGUAUCUGUAAGCAAUCAAAGGAUUACUACUGAUUCAAUUACAAAUGUUCACAAUACUGUUCAGCAAGAUUCAAAUAAACCAAUUGGAACACAGGAUGUGUUGUUGAAUCAAAAUCAAAUUAACUUGGAUCAUCAACAUUGGAAUGAUAUUCAACUACAAAAUUCUGGAGAGCGACUACAAUCUAAUAUUGAAAGUGCUGUACAUUUAUCCUCGAAUGUGAUAGUUCGAACAUCUGAUGUUAUAAAUCCAAGUCAUGUUACUCAAACUACUGGGCAAAUGACUUAUACUACCAAAAAGCCAUCUACUUAUUGUGUUAAAACACGAGACCGAUUUAUUGAUCUAUCAUUGCCAGCAUCAAUUUCUUCUAUAUCAACCAACAGUAAUCGUUCUACAAAUAUACCACUAGCAAUGAACACAAAUAAAUCAAACUUUGACUCAAAAAUUCAACAAAAUUCUCCAAUUCAAACAUCAGUCGGCUUGCAAGUCAAUUUUAACAACCAACAAUCUGAUGGUAUACAAAGUAUUAUGUCCCCAAACGAUCAAGCAACACAAGUAGGUUCCAACAUCACAGAUAAUUCGACUUCAACUAAAAUGUCUUUAUUAAAUGAUCAAAUAAUGAAUUCCGCAAAUAGUAGAAUAAACAAUUGCUCAAUUGUAAAUACUUCAUUUAUGAAGGAAAAUUCAUUUGAUAAUUUAAAAUCAAACAAUCCUAUGAUAAAUCCAGUUUCAAGUAUACAGACUCAAACCUGUGUUGGUUUACGGCUACCUAAUGAAGUUUCUCAUCCUAAUGCUUCAGUUAUAUCAUUGAUGAUUGCUUCAACUCAAAGUCAGGUUAUUAAGUCCAAUGUACAUAAUUCAGUUUACACAUCCCCACAUAAUCAAAGAAUGCAGUUGAAUGAUUUAAGUCAUACUUCUCAAACAAAUAGAUCUGAUGAACAAAAGAAAAUUGACAAUCUAAAACUCAUAAGCCAAACAUUUACUGCUACGUCAGAAGCAAUUAAAUUUGUUACCAGUAGUACAGAAUCGCAACGUCUUAUUCAAAGUACAGAUAAAAACAGUACAUCAAAUCUUGCUGUUUUUCAAAAUUCUUCAGAAGGUGUAUCGCAUAUCAGCCAAGAAAAUGAUUUAAGUUCUAAAUCAUCAACUAGGGGACGAGGUAAUAUGAGAACUUACGAAAGUAAAACCAGAGCUCUUAAACAAGCUAAUAUGUCUGAUAUGUUUGUAUUUGAGAAAGGAACAUUAUAUGCAGUUCAAGACGAUAAUGUUAGUCAUAUAGAGCCUAACAAAUCGGUUAUCUCACCCAGAAAUAAUACUUCAAAUAAUGUGAAAAUUCAAAAUCGACAGUCUAAAGAAUGUUUGGAAAAGCCAAAACUUUCCCCAAAUGCCUCUCCAAAUAUCACAAUUACAGGAUCGAUGUUACCAAGAUUUCAACAAGUUUUCGGUAAAACUAAAUUUCCGAAUUCAACUGUUAUUAAUGACACUUCAUCUCUGUGUUCAAAUAGUGCGGCAAGUAAUCUCUCUUCAAAUCUUGGGCCAAUUGUUAAUCGGACCAAUAUACCAACGCCGCGAGUGUAUUCGUCUUCAAAAGGUGUACAGACUAAUCAUGAUGUUGACACAAUUAGCUCUAAUAUGAAUUGUAUUCCACCAAAAGUAGUAGAAAAUAAGCUUCAGCAUACUGUUAAUAUGUCAAAAUCUAGUAAUGUUAUGGCGAUUGGAAACAACAAAAACAAUGUUAUAAUGACAUGUAAAGCCGUCACUUCUGCGAACAAUAUCCCACAAGUUUCAGCCUCAUCAUCUACUCAUCAAAUUCUUACUACCAACAUUGAAAUUAAAAAAGGACUCUCUAGUAUGCCUAUUUCAAAAGUUUCAACUACAUUUACAACUAGUUGUAUAAAUUCAUCAAUAGCAUCAUCUAGUUCUAAUUUAAUAUAUUCAAUUCCUAUACUAAAUGACUCUAAAUCUACUAAUAGUAAUAUAGAUAAACCUUUACAAGGUGUAACACAACUACAAAGACAACUUAAGAUGUCCCCAUCAAUAAUUCAAACAGUGUUACGGAAACAUCCUACUUGGCAACAAAAUAGUUUUCGUCAGGGUAAACAAAGUACAGAAGUACAGACAUCCUCAAUAGAAAGAAUUUUACCUGCAAGUGUGGCAAAUAUUGUCAAAACUACUAUAGAGUCUUCAAAUAAUAAAAUAUCGAUAAGUACUAUUAAACCAAAUCUUCCAGAAACUAAUGUUAGCACUUUGAUGAUGGAACAAGUAAGGGAGUUCGAAUCAGUUUUAGAAGAAGUACGGAAAACUUCAUUGAUGAAUGAAAUGAGUACAGCCAGUAUGUUACCACAAAUAAAUCAUGAAAUAAUACAAAUUCCUUCUCCUACAGAAAAUGUUGACUUACUUAAUACUGAUAGUAAUCAAACAUUAUUUCCUUUGAAUAAAAAAUCAAAUAUAAACAGUGAACGAGAUCGUUGUUCAUUUUCAUUUUUGAAUCAAACAUUGUCAAAUGUAAAUGAUUUGGCUAGCGAAGAUAAAGAACUAGUUACCAUACAACCAACUAUAAUUUCAGUGCGAAGUGUUACUCCCACACCCCCUUUAACAUCACCUAAUAACAACAAUGUGUCUGUGAAUCCAGUUGAUUCACAGUGUGCUAAACAGCAGAUUGCAAAUAAAGUAAAACCUGUUAUUAAGACACCAGCAAGUUCUCCAUCAACUUCAGCUGUAAAAGUUCCAGUUUUGCAAAAACCUUUGCCUAAAUUACAAGAAGAUGAACAGACAACUCAGCGAAUAUAUGCAAUACUCGAUAAAUAUGCUGAACAACUACGUAAUUCGCCCGAGUUGAAAAAUAAACCAGCACCUAGACGUAGAACCAAUCCACCAACAAAUCCAAGCCUGAAUGCCAAACGAAAAAAAACGAAUCAAUUAAAUUUAAAAACAUGCUCUCAACAAACAUCUUGCUCAUCAUCUGGUAUGGAAAUGAGUCCUACGUCUGAUAUGCAAGCUAUUGACAGUGAGGAUAGUUCUAAUGCUGUUAGUCAUUUUUCACAUAUUAUCAACUCUCCAUCCCGAAAUUCAGAUGAACAAUCUACAGUGAUUUCAGAAACACCUUUAAUUGAAAAUGCAUUAAUUAAUGUUAAUGAUGUUAUUAAAAAAAUUAAUAUUGAGGCUGAAAUGAAGUCUAAAGUUUCUCAAUCUACCCAAAUUGUUGUAAGUGGUACAUCUGGAUCUUUUUUAUCUAUACCUGAUGGUAAUGCAGCAAAUGUUAGACUUCUUGUCGCAGCAGGGAAUAAUCAAAAAAUGUACAGGUUGCAUUGUCCAGUAACUGGACCAGGACCUGUAGUUUUUCAUCAAAUUACCGCUAAGGAUUCUUGCUCAAAUGAUGUUAAAAUGGCUUCUAAUAUAUUAGGACAGAACAUUAGUGAAUCAACUAUCUUAUCAGCUUUAUCAGCUGAUGAUUUACAAAUUGCAAAUACAAGUUUAGGAAGUGAAAUUUUACAUAAUACUUUACAAAACUUUGAUCAUAAAAUAAAUAAACCUGAUAUUCUUUUGGAGUCAAUGGAAAAAGCUCAAGUACUUGAUAAUAAUGAAAAACAAUUGUCAUUUCCAGUUAUGAAAAAAAAUCAAGCAUCUCAAAGUACAUUUAGUGUCAUACAUACUCUACCAUGUACACCGAAAUCAGAACCAACUGAUAAUAAUGAAUUAUUGACCGAAGCUCAAAAUAAUAUCUCAGAAUGUAUUCAUAAAGACUAUUGUGAUAAUGGACAAAAUACAAACAUGAACCAAGAACAGAUAAAUAUCUCUAAUAUGAAUCAAUUUGUUGAUAAACAUGAAAAAUUAAGUACAGCUCUUAAAAAUGAGUCAUCUUAUGAAGAUAUUGAGUUUCCAUCAUUUGACACUCAUGAAGAAGAAGAAACUAAUGAAAACUUGACCAUUAUUACUAAUACAAAUAGCCAACAAAAUACAUCUAAUUCAGAUGAAAACAAAUUGGAGAAUACAAAUGUUAAUCAAACUUUGGUUAGUUGUUUGAGCGACAAUAAAGUAUGUAAUAAUGUAAAUGAUGGGCAUGUUGUGAGGUGUGAGGAUGGUACAAUAGUUAAGCAAGAACACGACACAUGUGAUACUACCAUUGAGGCAAGAUCUAAUAUUUUAGAACUUGCGAGUCCUAAAAAAGUAGAAGGAAACAAAUCAAAUAUAGUGUUAGACAAUGUUGCUGCUGCUUCAGCUGCUGAAAUAAUUUCAACCGUCACUCAAACAUCAAAUUCUUAUAAACAAAAAGAUGAAUUUUCACUAAAAGCUGUUAAAAUGGAGUGUGAAUCAGAAAAUGAAAAUGAAAAUACAUUAAGUAAUACCGUGUAUAAUAUGUUAGAUAAUCAGUCUGCCAACAAUACUCAUACAAAAAUUGGAUCAUUGACGCUCCGUUUAAAAAAUGACAAAUCAGCACAAAAUUGGAUUAAUUGUUUAUCUAAAAUAAUGUUACCCGGAACUGAAAAAAUGCUGGAGGGUGAAAAUUUAAAACGAUUGCAGGAGUCAUUUCAACAUACCAAAAUUAAAACUUUUAAAGAUUUGAAAGUAUUUGUAUUUGAACAAUGUAAACAUUUUGACAAUAAUGUUGAAACCCCUAAAGAGUAUGAUUUGUAUGAAGAUAGUGAUGGUCUUGGUGUUGAUAAACCAAGCACAAACGAACUAUUUCCUGAAGUGGCCAUAUUAAAUGAUUUAGACAAAUCUACAAGUCCAACACUCUGCCUAUUACAAGCAUCUACGUCAAAGUCAAAUGAUACUAGUCCUUUACAAGCUAGGCGUAAAUCAGUUUUGUCUCACACAACCACAACUACAGUUAUUCCAGCUGGGGGGGAACUGACAACUGUUGCAUGUAAGAAAAACAAAACUAAAGUAUCAUUUUUAAAACAAGCUUUGUAUAAUGAAAUGAAUCAAGACUCUAAUGAUAGCGAGACAAAACCGUUUAUAAAUGGCAUUAAGACUGUUUUAGAUUCAAUUGAACAAAUUGAUUCAUGUCCAGAAUCACCAUCAAAUACUACUGCCAUGGAUUCAGAAACAUGUAUGUCUGAAGACAGUACUUCAACAAUUAGCAGUGGCACACCACAUUAUAACUUUCGCAAAAGUAAACGCAAAAAUGUUGAAGAAGAUGGAUUUAUUGAAUCCCAAGUAAUAAAACGAAUGUAUAGAGGUCGCACGUCAGAAGAAAAUGAAGAAAAAUCUGAAUUCCCUAAACUGAAUAAUAUUAAGACCCAGACACCUGAACAAAAGCCAAUAGUUGAAAAAAAAGAAUGUAACAAUAGAAGAAUAUCGAGUCGUCUAAAAAACAAUAAUGUCAAGAAUAAUCAGCAAGUAUCAAGCAAAUCUCCACAGCUAGAUAUUCCACCUUAUAAGCUAACAUCAACACGAGCGUCCCUUAGGAGAGUUUCUAGAAAAACUACUUGAUUAAUUUCAGAUAUUAAGUAUUCCAAUAAGUUAUUUAUUAAAUUCUACUUAAGUUACCAUUACUAAUGCUGGAGGAUUAUCUAGCUCAAAAAUCAGAAAAUCUG